UGCUCCACAACCUCCCUGGGCUGCCUGUGCCAAUCUCUCCCCACCCUCACUGCCACCAAUUCCUUCCUCAUCUCCAUUCUCACUCUCUCCUCUCCCAGCUCAAAGACAUUGGCCCUCAGCCUGGCACUGUCUAAAGUCUUCUUCCUCUUCGUCUCCACUCUCAAUCUGCCUUUCUCAAGCUUCAGUCCAUUCUGUGCCCCCCAAUCUCCCUGUGCUACCUGUGCCAGUCACUCCCCACCCUCACUGCCAACAGUUUCUUCAUCUCCACUCUCAAUCUGCCUUCCUCAAGCAUCAAUCCAUUCUGUGCUCCACAACCUCCCUGUGAUACCUGUGCCAGUCUCUGCCCACCCUCACUGCCAACAGUUUCUUCUUCAUCUCCACUCUCAAUCUGCCCUCCUCAAGCUUCAAUCCAUUCUGUGCCCCCCAAUCUCCCUGUGUAACCUGUGCCAGGCUCUCCCCACUCUCACUGUGUCUGUGCCCCCCAAUCUCCCUGUGCUACCUGUGCCAGGCUCUCCCCACUCUCACUGUGUCUGUGCUCCACAACCUCCCUGGGCAGCCUGUGCCAGGCUCUCCCUAGCCUCACUGCCAACAGUUUCUUCUUCAUCUCCACUUUCAAUCUGCCCUCCUCAAGCUUCAAUCCCUUCUGUGCUCCACAACCUCCCUGUGCAACCUGUGCCACUUUUUCCCCACCCUCACUGCUAACAGUUUCUUCUUCAUCUCCACUCUCAAUCUGCCCUCCUCAAGCUUCAGUCCCUUCCCUCUCAUCCUACCACAACAAGCCCUUGUGAAAAGUCCCUUCCCAGCUUUCUUGUAGCCCCCUUUCAGGGAGGGGGACUGGAAGUUCCACUGGUUUGUGGUGAAAAGAGAUUGCAAGAGAGCAUUAAAAUGGAAGGCUGAAGCUGCAGGGUGAUCUGUAGGGCUGAGAGGUGGUCAGCAUCACAGAAUCUCUUAGGUUGGCAGAGCCCUUCAAGCUCCUUGAGUCCAAUCAUUAGUUUCACCCUGACAAGUCCUUGACUCAGCCAAAUCCCUCAGCACAACAUCUCACUGCUGUGGUUGGAAAGGACCACCAGGAUCAGCCAGUCCAACCUCCAGCCUUCGUCUCUAGACCAUAGCCUCAAGCACCACAGCCACUCUCACCAGGGAUGGUGACUCCUCCACCACCUCCCUGGGCAGCCUGUGCCAGUGCCUGACCUGAUUCUGUGCUCCACCACCUCCCUGGGCAGCCUGUGCCAGUGCCUGACGUGAUUCUGUGCUCCACAACCUCCCUGGGCAGCCUGUGCCAGUGCCUGACGUGAUUCUGUGCUCCACAACCUCCCUGGGCAGCCUGUGCCAGGCUCUCACCACCUGUUCCAGCAUCUCCCUACCCUCACUGUAAUUCCUCUCUCAUCCCAUGCUUCUAUUCCCAAUCCUUCAGCCCCCACACCUGCUGAAGGAGCUCCUUCUAGUCCUGACUAAUGACCUCAAUGCUGUUGGCUCAACACCCAAAAAGUGCUUCUUGUGUGUUCAGGUUCCCUGACCCCCAUAGGUGGCCUCUCUAUCACCCUGAGCCAUGCUCAGGGAUGUUGCCCUCAGGAAAGAACUUCCUCCCAACAUCCAACCUAAACCUCCCCUGGCACAACUUGAGGCCAUUUCCUCUUGUCCUGUCAUUAGGAAUUGGGGAGAAGAGUCCAGCUCCAGCCUCACUACAACCUCCUUUUAGGUAGCUGUAGAGGGCAAUGAGGUCCCCUCUCAGCCUCCUCUGCUCCAGACUGAGCACCCCCAGCUCCCUCAGCUGCUCCUCACAGGCCAUGUUUGCCAGAGCUCUCCCCAGCCUCAUCUCCCUUCUCUGCCCCUGCUCCUGCACCUCAGUGUCCCUCCUGUGCUGUGCUGACCAAAACUGGGCACAGCACUCGAGGUGUGGGCUCACCAGUGCUGAGCACAGGGGCAUGAGCACCUCCCUGCCCCUGCUGGUCGCCUCCCUACUCCUGAUGGUCGCCUGCUUACUCCUGCUGGUCACCUCCCUGCUCCUGCUGGUCACCUCCCUGCUCCUGCUGGUCGCCUCCCUGCCCCUGCUGGUCGCCUGCUUACUCCUGCUGGUCGCCUCCCUGCCCCUGCUGGUCACCUCCCUGCUCCUGCUGCUCACCUCCCUGCCCCUGCUGGUCGCCUCCCUGCCCCUGCUGGUCGCCUCCCUGCCCCUGCUGGUCGCCUCCCUGCCCCUGCUCUUCGCCUCCCUGCCCCUGCUCUUCGCCUCCCUACCCCUGCUGGUCGCCUCCCUGCCCCUGCUGGUCGCCUCCCUGCCCCUGCUGGUCGCCUCCCUGCCCCUGCUGCUCGCCUCCCUGCCCCUGCUGGUCGCCUCCCUGCCCCUGCUGGUCGCCUCCCUGCCCCUGCUGGUCGCCUCCCUGCCCCUGCUGGUCGCCUCCCUGCCCCUGCUCUUCGCCUCCCUGCCCCUGCUCGUCGCCUCCCUGCCCCUGCUGGUCGCCUCCCUGCCCCUGCUGGUCGCCUCCCUGCCCCUGCUGGUCGCCUCCCCACUGUGAGGGAGGGGAGAGCCUGGCAGGGGCUGCCCAGGGGGCCCCAUCCCUGCAGCCAUCCAGGCUCAGCCUUGCUGUGUGCCUGGGCAGCCUGCUCCGGCCGGAGCUGUCCCUGCUGCCCGCAGGGGGCUCGGACAAGAUGCCCCUGGAGAGUCGCUUGAGCGCAGGCAGCAGAGCCCAACCCCAGCUGCCUGCAGCCUCCCCCCGGGGAGCUGCAGCGAGCAGCCAGGGCUGGAGCCGGAGCUGGAACCAGCAGGGCUGCGCAGAGGCCAUGGCGGCCCGGGCAGCACAACCUCUAUCCCCGGGACCCUCCGCUCCUUAACGCCCUUCUCCCUGUG